AUGGCCACAACUCAGAAAAAGGCGACGUUUCCUGCUCCGACAAAGGCUGAUUGUUGCCCUCCCCCUUCCGCCGUAGUCCGGCGGGAAUCUGCAUCCGCCACCUCAGCUGCUGAUUGGACCGUCUCUUCGGCCGCCGCUGAGCAGACGAAGAAAGCGGCUGCUGCGGCAUCGUUAAUUACGACGGAGCCUUCUUCCAGUACCCCUGCUAAAGGUAUUCAAGUCAUGCCAAGGGCUCAAACCAAACAUCCUUUGGAUCCUUUAUCUGCUACUGAAAUCUCUGUGGCUGUGGCAACCGUCAGAGCAGCUGGAGCUACCCCCGAGGUCAGAGAUAGUAUGCGAUUUGUUGAAGUGGUUCUGUUGGAACCAGAGAAGCAAGUUGUGGCUCUGGCUGAUGCAUACUUCUUUCCUCCUUUUCAACCUUCAUUGUUGCCUAGGACAAAAGGAGGGCCUGCUAUCCCUAGUAAGCUUCCACCAAGGCGAGCCAGACUUAUUGUCUACAAUAAGAAGUCUAACGAGACUAGUCUGUGGGUUGUUGAGUUGACAGAAGUACAUGCAACAACUCGAAGUGGACUUCAUCGAGGAAAAGUCAUUUCCUCUAAAGUUGUCCCUGAUGUUCAGCCACCAAUGGAUGCUGUAGAAUAUGCUGAAUGCGAAGCUGUUGUGAAAGAUUACCCUCCAUUUAUAGAGGCAAUGAGGAAGAGGGGAAUCGAUGACAUGGAUUUAGUCAUGGUUGAUCCUUGGUGUGUUGGUUACCAUAGCGAGGCUGAUGCUCCUAGUAGGAGACUUGCAAAACCACUUCUAUUUUGCCGGAUCGAGAGCGAUUGCCCCCUCGAAAAUGGUUAUGCACGACCUGUUGAAGGAAUUCAUGUGCUUGUUGAUAUGCAAAAUAUGGUUGUAAUUGAGUUUGAAGAUCGUAAGAUUGUUCCCUUGCCUCCAGCUGAUCCGUUGAGAAAUUAUACUUCUGGUGAAACAAGGGGUGGCGUCGAUAGAAGUGAUGUGAAGCCCCUUCAAAUUAUUCAGCCUGAAGGUCCAAGCUUUCGGAUCAAAGGACAGUAUGUUGAGUGGCAGAAGUGGAAUUUCCGCAUUGGUUUCACACCGAGGGAGGGUUUGGUCAUUCAUUCAGUUGCCUAUGUUGAUGGCAGUAGGGGUAGGAGACCCAUAGCCCAUAGGUUGAGUUUUGUGGAGAUGGUUGUGCCCUAUGGGGACCCAAAUGAUCCUCACUACAGGAAAAAUGCAUUCGAUGCUGGGGAAGAUGGCUUAGGGAAGAAUGCUCACUCUCUCAAGAAGGGAUGUGAUUGCUUGGGAUAUAUAAAAUACUUCGAUGCUCAUUUUACAAACUUUACUGGAGGAGUUGAGACAAUUGAGAACUGUGUAUGCUUACAUGAAGAAGAUCAUGGAAUCCUAUGGAAGCAUCAAGAUUGGAGAACUGGCCUUGCGGAAGUUCGAAGAUCGAGGCGUCUAACUGUUUCGUUUAUUUGCACUGUGGCGAAUUAUGAAUAUGGGUUCUACUGGCACUUCUACCAGGAUGGGAAAAUUGAGGCGGAAGUUAAACUCACUGGAAUUCUUAGUUUAGGGUCUCUGCAACCUGGAGAAUUUAGAAAAUAUGGUACGACAAUUGCACCUGGAUUAUAUGCUCCAGUUCAUCAACAUUUUUUUGUUGCCCGUAUGGAUAUGGCAGUGGACUGUAAGCCAGGAGAAAUGCACAACCAGGUUGUUGAAGUGAAUGUCAGAGUCGAAGAACCUGGGGAAGAGAAUGUUCACAACAAUGCCUUCUACGCUGAGGAAACUUUACUUAGAUCCGAGCUAGAAGCCAUGCGUGAUUGUGAUCCAUUAUCCGCUCGUCAUUGGAUCAUAAGGAACACAAGAACUGUCAAUCGUAGUGGAGAACUGACAGGCUACAAAUUGGUUCCUGGUUCAAAUUGUUUGCCUUUGGCUGGCCCCGAAGCUAAAUUUCUACGAAGAGCUGCAUUUCUGAAGCAUAAUCUUUGGGUUACACAAUAUGCACCUGGUGAAGAUUUUCCCGGAGGAGAGUUUCCUAAUCAGAAUCCACGUGUUGGGGAAGGGUUGGUUUCUUGGGUGAAACAGAACCGGCCUUUGGAAGAAACUGAUGUUGUUCUCUGGUACGUAUUUGGCAUUACACAUGUUCCCAGAUUGGAAGAUUGGCCUGUUAUGCCCGUGGAACACAUUGGUUUUGUGCUUCAGCCGCACGGUUUCUUCAAUUGCUCUCCUGCCGUUGAUGUUCCGCCCAGUGCAUGCGAGUUGGAAGCAAAAGAGAACGACGUGAAAGAUAGUGCUGCAGCUAAUAAGGCGAGUUCGUCGUCUGGUCUAGUAAUGGCAAAGCUGUGAAGGGAAAGACAUUUAUCGGUGUUAUAUCAAUGUGUGCGAAAAUAGGCCUGGUAUUGAGAGUCAAUAAUGGUGGGUUUCGGCGUGCCUGUACAUAUGCGUGGAUUUAAUUUCAGUUGUUUGUUUUGCUAGUUUGUUUUGAGACUAAAUAUUUGCUUGUACCAUAUAUUAUGACUGUUGUGAGAACUUUGUCUGAAUGAGUUUGAAGAAGAAAUAAAACGCACAAGAUUCCACAGCUUCAUUAUUUUAAUUUUUUUAUUAU